CUCCGGUCUCGCACUCAAGCUCGUCGUCGUUUUCUGUCUCUUCACCGUCUUACAGUAAGCGCGUGCCUUCCCUGCGCUCGUCAUCGGCGGCGGCAGAAACAGAAGGUUCCGGGGCUGGUCGUCGUCAUCGCUCUUUGUCUCGUCACCGUCUCGCACUCAGUCGGGCGCCUUCCAUGCGCUCGUCGCGGGCGGCGGCAGAAGCAGCACGUCCCGGAGUUGGUCGUUGUUGUCGUCUUCUUGCUUCGAGCCUCACCAUCAGCUUCCUCCUCACCGGCAGCAGCUGGUCCCCGAUUUGAUAAGUAAAAAUGCUGGGGAAGGUUUUAGCAUCAUCACUAGCUCUAGCUAAAGUUCAAUUGCGCAAGAAUCUCUACUCUAAGUCUUUGCUUCUCACUCUCAGACCUCUCCUCUCCAGUAGUUCCUUACUUCGCAAAACAAGCUUGAACUAUGUUAUAUAUACAGUUUGUGGCCAGCAACCGACUUUUGGCCACUAUGAUGUAAAAGCACAUCCUUUCUUGGGAGUCACAAGCUUUCAUUCAGGUCCACAUCUCAAGAAUAAUGAUAAGGCCAUAGAACCACGCCAGGAUUCUGAAAAAUCCUCAAAUGCUGAUGGUUCUGGUAAUGCCCAAGUAAAGAGAAAAAAACUGAAGGGCAAAAGAGCAGUUGUAAGAUGGCUAAAGUUCUUUAGAUAUAAGAAGAAGAAGGAGUAUGAGAGGAUGACAACAGAGGAAAAACUGUUAUAUAAAUUGUUAAAGGCUCGGAAAAAGGAAGAGAGACUCUUAGAAGCCUUGAAGAAGAUUGAGCCUGCAGAAUCAUCAGAAGCAACCCAUGAUCCUGAGAUAUUGACGCCAGAAGAGCAUUUCUUCUUCUUAAAGAUGGGUCUCAAAUGCAAAAAUUAUGUGCCUGUUGGAAGACGAGGAAUUUACCAAGGUGUGAUUUUGAACAUGCAUCUGCAUUGGAAAAAGCAUCAGACUUUGAAGGUGGUGGUGAAGACAUUUUCGCCAGAGGAGGUCAAGGAGAUUGCAAAAGAGCUGGCAAGACUGACUGGAGGGAUAGUACUUGACAUUCAUGAAGAUAACACAAUAAUAAUGUAUAGAGGAAAAAAUUAUGCUCAGCCACCAACAGAGAUUAUGUCUCCACGUAUCACUCUUUCAAGGAAGAAGGCACUGGAUAAAUCCAAAUAUAGAGAUGGCCUUAGAGCUGUGCGGAGAUAUAUUCCUCGACUUGAGCAAGAACUUGAAAUUCUUCGAGCACAACUAAGCAGCACAACUGAAAGUAACAUAGAUGCCAUUGAGGAACUCCAUAAAGGUGACAAGGAGAGGAUUGAGUCUGAUAGAACUGUUUCUAAAUUUUUCCAGCAAGAGAACUCAGAUAAACUUGAUCAAAUCAUAAAUGAUAAGAUUGAGUUCCCAGAUGAGGAUGAGACUGGUGCUGACUCGGAUUUGGAUUCAGAUCUUGAAAAUUUAUCGGAUAUCUUUGAGACAGAUUCAGAUACAGAUAAUCUAGUGAAGGAUGAAAAGCCUCUCUAUUUGGAUGAGUUUGAUAAUUUAACAGAUCAAAGUGAUGGAGAAACAGAUGUCUUUGAGGACCAUCUUAGACAGAUAUCCUUGGAUUCAAAAAGUACAGACAAGGAUGUUGACUCACCCAAGUUUGAUGAAGUUGACAAGAUCUUUCUGCAGGCUGCAUCGUUUUUAAAGAAAAGACGAAAAUGAAAUAUUUUACCAAGGAAGUAUAAUUUUGUAAUGUUUUAGUGUUCUUAUUUCUUCCAGGUGGAGGGAAAGGGUGUUAUCAUUGAUAUGAUACGAGCAAGA